UAUUUAUCUAUCCGCAUUAAAACGAUCUUUUUGUUAUUCGUUUUUGCACUGACCAACAUGGCAGCACGGGGUUAACUGUAUCUCCUCCCUCCUCCUUCAUGCCGGACGGACGCAGACGAGCUCAGGUGAUGUUUCGCCGUACCACCACGCAACGCAGGGCAUCGCACAAAUGAGGGGUGGGGUCGCUUUGAUGCGCAACCAGACAGCGAUGUGCACUCCACGGCGAGCCCCAAAGUCUUAAACUUAAGCAGGACCAAACAAACCCUGCAGGAGGAGGCAGAGGGCGGCGAGCGCUAUCCGUUCCGGCCGGGGGGUGGGAGCUGCAACAUUGGAGACGUUUGCGUUGCACGCAUAGCGCGUCUUUCUACGCGUUCCGUCCGCGGACAGAUCCCUUUUUCUCUCCCCCUGUCCAUCGUUUCCAGUCACCUUCGUGGGGGUUGAGCGUAAUGGCGUGGCCGUGCAUCACGCGUGCUUGCUGCAUCAACCGCUUUUGGACCGAGCUGGACAAGGCGGAUAUCGCGGUGCCUUUGGUUUUCACCAAAUACUCGGAUGCGACCGACGUGCAGCACCUGCCUCAUCACCCGCAGCCCAGGCAGAAGAGGGCCGCGGCCCUUGCCGUAGAAGCCCAGCCGCAUCCCGAAGAUCGAGAGGCCGCCAAGGCACCGCCCGCGACGGGGGGUGCCGCAGCGGCCAGAGACGGCGCGUCCGCCGCGUCCGUCAUGCGCCAAGACUUCAAGGCGUGGAGAGUGCGCCCCGAGCCCAGCUGCAAACCCAGGAGCGAGUACCAGCCUCCGCCGGCGCCGUUCAGCAACGAGACCCAGUACCAGAAGGAUUACAAGCCCUGGCCCAUACCCAAGAAGCACGACCACCCGUGGAUCCCCAAGCCCAGUCCCACCGCCGUCUCCAAACUGGAGCACGCGGCUGCCGAGACCGAGAGCGGCGUGGAGAAGAGCGAGAUCGAGGAGAAAAUUCAAGAGAAGGAGUCAAAGGAGGCGGCGAGGAGGGAGAAGUCUGCGGAGAGGAGAGCGGCAGAGAAGACGGAGGGAGCCGCAGAGGUGAGCGCAGAGCAGCGGAGAGGCCGAGCAGCCGCGGACGCUCUCAACAGACAGAUCAAGGAGGUCAUGUCGACUUCCAGCAGCUACAGGACUGAGUUUAAGGCAUACAAGGAUGUGAAACCAGUGAAGCCGAUCAAAGCUCCAUCCCAGUAUAAACUACCCGGAGAGGAGACCACCCUGGAGACCAGCUACAGCGCCACGUACAAGGGGGAGCAGUUGAAGGCCCAGGCGACUGACAACAAGCAACAGGAGCGUCGGAGGAUACGCAGCCUGUACAGCGAGCCCGGCAAGGAGCCCGCCAAGGUGGACAAACCAGCGUCUCGCACCAAACCAAAAAAGGCACCAACAACGACCGGGAAGAUGGCAAAAAAAGUGAAAGAGAAGCAGAUUACUGGUUCCCAGUUGGCCAAGAAGAAACCACCUGCGAGUACAUCCGAAACCACACCAGACGGAACUGUGACGAAGAAGAGCAAAGAGAUCAGCAACAGACUGGCUGAGGCCAAACAUUAGAAAUGGGGUUUUAAGUAUGCUUACGUGUGUGGUCACAGGCAAUGGAGGAAAAAAUCAUUUUCCUCCCUUUGGUUUAUCUCCUCACCUGUUGUCAGGUUACACGUAGGAUCACGUUUGAAUGAUGUUGCGCUUUUAAGAUAAUGCAAUUAAUUUCACUGUCAACUGUAUGUGAACGUGUGAAUGUUUGUGACUUCUUCGUAUGUUGGUGCACAGAACCGCUUUUCUAUUAUUGAGCACAUAAUUUGCACAUUUGAGUUUCACUUGACAUUAAACUUGAAAAUGAGACAUAAGUAUGCUUCUACAGUAUUGUAAAAAAAAAGCCUUGAGCUACUCCUCAUUACUUCAAAUGUCCUAAAACAGUCCCAAAUUCGUGCAGGUUUUAAGCCAUAUUUCUCCAAAUUUUUCAGGUAUUUCCCUCUUGGACCUCACCAUUUUCAGGAGUUUUUUUUUGUGCCACAUAAGCCAUUUAACAGAUCUUGUAUUGAAAGCUUAAUGUUCUUUUUUUUUUUUUUGUUAUUGUUUUAACUUGUAAAAAAUAGGUUUUACAUGUUGUAGGUUAAUCUUCAAAAUAAAAACAAAAUCCUAGUCCUGUAGAUGUUGCAAAAGAAAUAGGAACACAGUGGUUUAAACUGGUUCUUUUGUUUAAGUGUCUUGUUACAGUACAGGCUCAUUGCUCCAUGUAGGAAACCUCUUAUGCUUUAAUGAUUUGAAGGUUAGGUUAGUUUAGUUAGUUUGGCUUUGUAAAAAGAAAACAAAUACAUCCAUCCACCCAUUGUCUAUACCAGUUUAUCCAUGCAAGGUUGUGGGGGGCUCAUGCAUAUCUCCAGCAGUCAUUGGGUGAGAGGCGGAGUACAUCCUUAACAGGUCCCUGAUCCAUCACAGACCAAACAAAUCGUUUCCAUGCAAACAGUGAUGUACAGGGACUGGAAUGAAAUCGAGUGAAAAGGCAGCCAUUGAUCAAUGAAACACAUUGAUACAAAGUCUGGAGAACUUUUGCUCAGACCUGCUUAAAAAAACACGAGAAAGUAUUUGCAGUGGUAACCAAAUCUAAAGCUGCUGUCACGCAUUCUUAUUUCACCAUGUUUAUUGACAUACGUAAAAACGUGUUUGUAAGUGAAAGCUUAACACUCUACACCCAGCCUUUGAGUCUUCCCGAUUUGCCAAAUAAUUCUAAACUUGAAAUAAUCAGAAAAUAAUCAGAGUUCCCUUGCUACGACAGCAUAAUUAACCAUUCAGCAUGCUGAGAUGAAUUCAUCUUCAUUGGUGCAGACAGGGUGUCUGCAUAUAGAAGCAUGAGACUAAAUAUCAUUUUUACCAGGUCAUUGUUGUGACAUUUGAGUAGCAUUCACUACUACAAUUUUGUCAGAGUAUCACAUAUGUGUGGUACAUAUGUGUAGUACUCUGAGCUGCAGUGACGAACCCACAUAUAAUUUUUCAAAUAUCUGGAACAGUUUGGCUUUUCCACAGAUUGAAUUACAUAUAUAUGCUACAGUAUCAGAUGCACAGAAAGGUGACAAUGGAACAUUAAUUACUUAAAUCUCAGUAUAUUCAUAUACAUUUGAAAUGCAAGGCAGAUUAGCAAUAGUGUGAUGAGGCUAUUAGAAAAUGAGGGAUGGCUCAAGACUUUUGCACAAUGCUGAAAUUUGUCUAAAAGGGCAUUUUUCCUUUUCUCUGAAUGGAUGAUGACUAGAACUGAUAUGAUUGUAAAAUAUAUAUGUCAAGGAGAUCCUUUUUGCUCCAAGAUGUAUCACAUAAGUUGUUUUGUGAAAGUUUUGUUUUUAUGGUUUCCUACUUACAGUGCCUCCGCUGUAUGGUCCUGGUUUUCAUUUCAUUGUUCCGGGUGAGAUCUGGUUUAAUCCGAUUGGUUGCUGAGAAAUCAAAUUAGCUGUAAUGUAAUUGCUACAGCUUGCAUGCAAGACCUUACUUUUGGUUGAGUAGCAGACUGUACCCGGUCACAGUCGCACCCUAGCUUGUAAAUGGAGCCUUUAAAGAUAAAUGUAUGGGCAAAAUACCUUUUUUUAAUAUAAUGCAUGAGUAGGAAUAGAUUCUGGCCACAAGAAAAUAUUAUUUUAACUAGUAAUCUCAUUGAUUAGUGGCUGGUACUGCUGUAAAAUAAACACACCACCACCUUUCAAUCUAAAUGGAGACACAAUCUUUUAAUUUAACUUGAAAACAGCAGCUUUCUGAAGAAGAAAAAACAACAACUCAAUAUCGUGUGGCAUUGUCCUCUACACAUUCCUCUGAGCUGUGAUUACAUAGUUGAACUCACUUUAAAAACGUUACGCCAAUAGGUCUUAUAAUAAAGAAACUACCUUUCUGAACGGGCCGAUCUCUCCAGGUGUUUAAGGACAAGGAAUGCUCCAGGACUUCGAGCUCAGCUUUUUAAAAUGCUGCUGAAAGUUUCUGCUGCGCUGUGUGAGUGUGUGUGAGUUGGGAAGCUUGUUUCUGUGUCUGAUCUCCUCAAGCCUGCUGCCCGCUAAGAUCACAACCACUAGAAGUGCUGCUCUGCACUCCAACGCCUCGGUGCUAUAUUUCUUAGCCUGUACGCUGAGGGCUUCGGACCGCUGUUACUUUUGACCGGAGUGCAGUGACAAUGCCAUGCGGCUACUGAUGUCUUGUGUAUUUAUUUUUAUUUUAGUUUUUUGUGCUUGUAUCCUUAGCUUGCUCUGAAUGAAUUGAAUUAAAACUAAUGGUGCAGACUCCAA